UUUGUAAAUUAUCUGUGUUCUGUGUAUUGAAAAUGGCGUAGCAACGAGCAAAGUGUUAAUUUGUUUUUACAUUUUGUAUAUAAUUGUUUUAUUAGACGCAAAUCGUUAAGGUUUAAGCUUUUUAUGUAGUGAUCUAAGUAUUUAUUAUAAGUUUUCGUGCUUGAUGUACUUAUUACCAUCCAGUAAACAAGAAGCCUAGAUUUGGUUGUGGCUUUUGUUAACAUUUAUCUAUAAGAGUAAAUUUUGCAUCAUUUGUGUUAAAUCAUGACAAUGAGCAAAAUGUAUCCAACGAGAGGUGUAGACAUUUAUGUGAGAAAUAAAAGUGCAAGAAGUCAUUCCGUUCAGGGUCUAGCCACCAAUAUUACUAGCCCUGCCAUGAAAAUACCAUUACCUCCUCGUUUAUGGCUAACAGAUGUAGAAGAUGAGUCGUCAGAUGAUUUAAGCCAUAGUUCAUUAGAAGAUGGGACCAUUCCAGUUGAAAGGACGAGAAUAAGAUCACGUUUUCGUCACAAACCGAGGGCAUCUGUUAAUGUGCCUAUUGGAAUAUUUUGGGAUAUAGAGAAUUGUCCGGUGCCCAGAGGCUGUUCAGCGAUUAAUGUAGUAGCAGCGAUCAGAUCUAAGUUCCUCACAGGCCGACGGGAAGCCGAUUUUGUAGUUGUGUGUGAUGUGAGAAAGGAAACUCCCCAAAAGCUUCAGGAACUGAAUGAUGCUCAAGUAAGUCUGAUCCACGUAUGUGGUACUCAGAAGAACGCUGCCGAUGAGAAGCUAAGACAAUGUAUGCGUCGCUUCGGAGAGCUUCACUCAAGUCCGGCAGCCCUAUUGCUUAUAUCGGGAGACAUCAAUUUUGCAGCGGAUCUCAGCGAUUUCAGACAUAGGAAGGGUAUGGAAGUUAUAUUGGUGCAUAGACAGAAUACCUCAUCUGCCUUAAUAGCCUGCGCCUCCUCUCAUUACUCAUACAACGAACUAACAGUGAAUAUACCGAGGAAUGUGAAUGUAAGUGGGGUGGAGGAAGAGGAUCCUAGCCGUGAGAUGGAGGUCAUUAACCUGCCUAUGGACCAGCCGCCGCAGAGGGUUUCCAGGCGUCUGCUGCGACUGGCCGACAACUGUGGGGGCAAGGUGAUGAGGGUUGGCGCUGGGACGGCUCUCCUCAGGUUCCCUACACCUGAUCACGCUUCACGAGCUCUAAAACGUAUGGACGGCGAGGACGUUUUCGGUCGUAAAAUUAGUACGCGUUACGCUCGAACGUUCCAAUCGACGUAUUCCAGCGACGAGGGUUACAGCACCGGCCAGAGGCCGCAGUUUGUUGCACCUGUCGUUCAGCCCCAGCCUCCUCCCCCUCCCCCUCCGUCCGAGCCUCCCCGCAGCGCUUCUAGCGACUGGGCUCUGGCGCUGCAGCAGCUGCCAGCCCCAACACCACCACCACUGCAGUUCUGCCCACCACCAGCACCAAAACCGCGCAAGAUUAGAGGAACUCAUGGGUCAGCCAGCCUGGACAGGUCUGGUUGCUCAUCCACCAACAGUGAUGACCGCCGUGAGAACAGUCAUAGUCACAGUCACAGCCGAGCAGUGUCUCCUUGGAACUCCUCGAUCAGCGAGCACAGCGAGGAUGACACUGACCUCACCGUCUCCAACCUACCACCUUAUGAACCACCAGUAUUACAGGAAAUGCUGACGAAACUGUUCAAUCAGUACGUACCGGUGGUUCGGGUGUCAGUGUGGGCGGCGGGCGAGGGUCCUCUGGCCACGGUCGUAGUACGAUCAGAAUGGGACGCCCGUCUAGCUAUAGCCCGCGUCCACAAACGAAGAUUGGACAACAAUUGGGCUGGGAGGCGAUUGGAAUUAUCCCUAGGAAGACCAUCGCCGGCUCCCAAUCUAGACGUCCUCAGGUCUAGACUGCGAGCUAUACUCCUAGACCAGAAAAAUUUCAGUCUACCGCUAUUGAGACUGCGAGAUGCGUACGCUAGUAGGCAUUGCUGUGCGCUGACUACAUCAGACAUAGCUAAAGUCAAGGAUACGGUUGUCAUCCAUGAAGGUUUCGGACGUAUGGUCCAAUUGGUCGAUCACACGCCGGUCGUGAACACGGAAACGGAAGAGGCGCCAUGGAAGUGUCAUAUACACGCUGUACUGAAUACUAGCCACGAGGACGGAAGCCGUAUCUUACAACCCGUCUACAUGGACAUAGCGGUUCUGGCUAAGAAUACUCAAGUGUUGUUGGAGAAUCACGGGGGUAUACUGCCCUUGUUGAGUUUCGUGGAAUGCUACGAGGCAAUGUUCCCGUCGUUAGUAACAGACAAUCGUCGCGGCGUCGCCCUGGAACUGCUACUGCGAAGUAUACAGACAUUGGAAGUUAAAGACAGUCCCUCGAGACAUUUAACCUGGAAAACAUCCACUGACUCGCCCUCGCACAGCUAUAUCAGCGACACUUCUCGCAGCAGCGACCGCGACCGCCCACGUACAGCGCCCGCCUUGGAACCGAUGCUGGCGUUGUUUGAGAGAGAGUUGGUGGAUUUGUUGAGAACAGCCCCUAGAUGUUCAAUACCGUUCAGCAAGUUGAUACCCGCGUUCCAUCAUCAUUUCGGUCGCCAGUGUCGUGUGGCUGAUUACGGCUUCACCAAACUACCAGAUCUGUUAUCAGCUCUGGGUAACACUAUCGUGGUUCUGGGCUCAGGAUCAUAUCGUGUCAUAACGAUCUCAUCCGCCGCCCAGGGGAGGCGUUGGACGUCGGAUUUGUUGAAAAUAUUGAAGGCUCAACCCGGCCGGGUCAUUCACAUCCACGAUCUGCCGCAGUUAUACCAGUCGACCAUCGGCAGACCGUUCAGCACCGUCGAUUAUGGAGUGUGCACCAUGGACGAGCUGAUGGAGAAGGUGUCCCCUCAGAGCAUCAUAGUCUCACCAGAGGGCACCAUCUCACUCCCACGGAGAACCCCGACGCCGGAAGAACGAACGAGAACUGUACAGUUCGCGGUGCAAGCGGUGGAGCUGCUUUGCUACACUCCGAACCUCAGGAUGGAGUUUUCGCGUUUCGUGCCGGCUUAUCACGCGCACUUCGGGAGGCAGUUACGUGUUGCGCAUUACGGAUGUGUUAAAUUGGUGGAACUGUUCGAAUUGAUACCGGAAGCCGUGAGUGUGUACUGCGAGUCUUCCGGUGAGAGGAGCGUGCGGCUGGGGCUGCAGACUGCUACGGCCGUGAUGGCGCAGAGAUUGAAGAGCCUGGCGCCUGUGUCGAUCACCACCUUCCCCUCGCGCUACGCCGCCCAAUUCGGCGCCCCGCCCCUACCUGAUUGCUUAGACGCUCCUAAUCUCGAGUCCCUUGUAUACGCAGCCGGUGGUUUCAUUGAAGGUGAUAUAAUUCACGUCGGUGAUUCAUCUCAAUGGGCCAAUUCGGCGCUGUCAGCGUGCGCCGUGCUGUCGGCCGACCGCAGCGUCGCCAGGGGAUCCACCGAGGAAUAUUUCAUGACGGCAUUCCGCUCGCUGUAUGGCAUCGAGCCGGACGUGAGCAAUCUAAUGAUGUCCGGUGUCCUCGACGUGUCGGAGCGUCACGUGUGCCUGACUAACACCUGGCGUACCGUGUGGCGUGUCGCACAAAUCUUGUCCGAUUACCCGGGGAACGUGGCGGCAGUCGAGAUAUUCAUCGAGUACUCAAAGAGAUACGGCCCGUCGUUCCCUAACGCGGAGCUCGGUAUGGAUGCUAUGAACACGUUUCUGAGUAAGCAUCGCAGUGUUUUCAAUACUAGUGAUGGCCGCUGGGGUCUCUCGGCCGGCGUGACAUUACCCAGACCGGAGUAUUCACUACGCGCUGAAGAUUACUCACUUCACGAUACACCACCGGGGCAGAAGGGAUCCCGCGUCUUUGAAUCUCCGAAGACGAAUAUUUGGAGUUCGCCGCCGGCCAGCGCCCUACCAACACCGACCGCUCUACUCAACCACGAUAAUAGACGUCGCACCCGUCUGGCAGCACAGUUUGAUGCAGCGUAAACACCCACCGAACAAAUCAUUCCAUGCAGCACAGCCAUAUAUGAACAUAAUGAUGUACUUGGACAUACGGCGAAUAAGUUUUUCAUGUAUAUUAAAUAUCAAACCACAGAGUAUCGAUUGUCACAGAGUAUUAAAACUUUUAUAUGUAUGUAUAUAUAUAUAAAGUUCUCUAUAAAAAGGUUUUAAUGAUGUAUUUUCUAUUAAAUGUUGAAUAUGUGUAAAUGUAUUUUUUUUUUAAAUAUAAUAAAAUAAGAAAUGAGUGUGACAAUUAAUAAGUAUUGUCUUUUGUAAUAAUUUUGUUGUGAAAUGUAUAAAUUCAAUGGAUAUUUUAUCUAUAUAUUACUUUGAUAAAUGUGUACUUAGUCGGUGUCUGAGUUAUUUGAAAGCCAAAAUGUUUCCUGUCCUAAUGAUUGUGAUGUCUAUAACAAUAACGUUUUAGAUUCAGUAUAUUUUUGUGUGUCUAUUAAGUGUUUAGAUUAAGAUCUGCGCGUGUGAAAUGUUUGAAGAACUUUUUAAAUUAAUUAUUUAUUUGAUUUUAAGACAUUUGAUCUUCACAAUGUCUGUAUGUAUAUGUAUAUAGUUUAUUUUAUAUUAUUCUGUAAUAGUUUUAACCCUUGAUACUAAAUUUAUAAAUAACUUUUAAUCAUUUGACUAAGAAUACUUCAUGUAAAGCAACCGUUGCCUUUUAAAUAUAUUUUUUUUAAUUAUAAUUCUUUAUAUGUAAAUAGUUAUAUAUAUAUAUAUGAUAAAAGUUUCUCUCACGGUUGUAUAUUGCACAAAAUAUCCCCAGUAGUUGUAUAGUUUCAACCGAAACAUAUCAAACCUAUACUGCCUAUGUCAUUAUAAUUUUAUAAAAAGUUCUUACAACAUUUAACAGACGCCAAUUUAAAGUACAAUAAUAAUGAUUAAAUGUUACAUAAUAUUAUUAUUAUUAUUCUUAUUAUUAUUUUAUAUAAUUCUAUUCAGCUAUUGAUCUCCAUCGAUUGUACUAAUACAUAUUGUAAUCUGGCUUUAGACGACUGAGUUAUUAUUACUGUGUUAUGUAUGUCGUAGGCACUUGGUCAUAUGAAUGGCAAUAUUUCGAAUUUAUUAUAUUUAGAUUAUACUUUUAUUAUAUCGUGAUUCAAAUUUAAUUAUUAUGUGAUUUCUUACUUUUCGACGAAGAUGUAAGGGUCAAUUAUUAAUGAGAAAAAAAAAAUAUUUGAUAUUUUUUUUUUCCUGGUUUCACUACGCGCUUGUGCCCGAUGUGCAAUUCUUCUCGUGUGUUCCGGACGUGUGCGGUGAGAUUCGUGAUUCCACAUUAAUAUCUCUAUCUUAAUAUAUUUUUAUAGUUCAGUCGUAUUAUAAUUAGUUUUAAGUGUAAGUUAUGAUCAUACAACGGCCAGUCAAAAAUUUGUUUCCAACGACAGCCGUUGCCGUAUGUGUCAGGCGAACAGACGGCUCGCACACUCGUAUCACUGUUAGUUUUGUUAGGUGUAUUUAAAAUUAUGAUAACAGUAAACUUUAUUUUUAUAAUUAAUAUAAAUAUUUCUGUGAUAAACUCGUACCAAUAGAAUCGCUUGUCCACUUAUGUGUGUGUAACUAAUUUUUUUUUUAUUUUAUUUUAAUUGUAAAAGUAAUAAAAAUAAUGUAUAUCUUGUACAUAAAUCAUUGAAUCGUUGCGUUCUGUUGUGACACGAGUAAUAUUAAUUCGUAUAGUUGUGUGGUAUUGAUGUGGAACACAAAUGUGCCGGGUUGGGCUUAUAAUGAUCUCUGCUGUUAGCCGGCUAUGAUGUAGUGUUUUAUUGUAAUGUAACUCUGCCAGUCUGCCUUUAACGAAAUAACACCUGUCCAACAUUAAGACAAAAUUAUUUAAGCACACAUUCUACUGUUGUAUUAUUAUUAUUGUUUUUUUUUAUCUAAGUGACUAUAAUUCCAUUAAAUAUUUACAAGAGAAAUUCUAUUUUCUAUAGCAUGGUGAUGUUAUGGAAUUUCUCAAGACUGUAGCUGGUAUCUUAAGUGUAUUUUAAGUAAACAUUGUUUUUAUUUUUGUGACCAACAACAAAUUUUUAUAGUAAGCUUAGAUUUUAAGAUUUCUAAUACAGUAAGUGAGGGCGUUAGUUCAAUGUUCUACGUCUUCGUAAUUCUGUGAUCCUUAAUUUCUUGUUAGUUCCAACUAGUGAUCGGUGUAUGUUUGGAAACUGUAUCUUGUCAUAAUUGCAUGAAAUUGAUUGUAGUGUUGGAAGAUAAAUGUUAUUUUUUGAAAAAUUG